UGGGAAGGAGACACUAGUUUUUAAUUUCCCUGUAAAUCGGAGAACAUUUUACAGAAAUCUUUGAACAAUGAGUCCUUGCUGCUGCUUGUCUUUCUGCCUUCCAGAGGUAGUUUCUUCCAGAGGAUGCUGGUGUGCUUAAGCUGCAGCUCUGCUUGGACAAGUUUACACUACAGCGGUCUUCUCCACUUCUUUAUCCUGCAAAAUACUUUUUCUUUUUUUUUUUUUUCUUUUUUCUUUUUUAAGAAGAAAAAAAGGGAAAUAUUUCCCGGGUGAAGAAAGUGCAUCACUGCACGCAUAUGUCAAAUAACUUUGUUUGUUUUUUUCCCCCUUGUGUUGUUUCCAUCCCGGGUCUUGUGCGCCUUGGUGCGCCCAGCGGAGCAGCAGAUGAGUCCUCUCCGUGGCACCAUGUGGAUUAUUCUGGGGCUUGUUCUGGCAGCUGGCAGCGUUGAUGGCAGCUGGGGAUGUCAGUUACCCCACGACUGGAGACCGCAGACGGAAGGGUGCCGUGCGGAGCUGGCGGAGAUCAUCGUCUUCGCAAAGGUCCUGGCUCUGCACAAAGAGUCUUACAGCGUCUAUAACUACCUGCCCUGGCAGCACGACACCGACCUGCUCUUCUCCGCAGAGAUCGAGCUGCAGUGCGAUCAGUCCUGGGGCUCCAUGCUGGAGGUCCCUGCAGGAUCCAGGCUGAACAUCAGCGGUCUGGGAUACUUACCCUGCUUCACCUACAGCGUCACCGAAAACAACAAUUACUACUUCUUUCUAAGGAUGGAUGAAAACUACAACAUUCUUCCACAUGGAGUUAAUUUCCAGGAUCCCAUCUUCCCCGACACUCCAGAGAACCACCGCAUGUUUGCUAGUCUUUUCCAGUUUUCCAACUGCACACCUGGAACUCAAGUCCACAGCUUCAGCCCGGAGUGGGAGGCUCAAGAGGACAGCCGGGUAUGUAGGCAUCAAAUAAUAUUUACCUGAGCCGCAUUUCUACCA